CCCCCCCCCAUCCCCUCAGACACAUUCUGACAGUGAGAAGACAGAGGGAUUACCAGCGAUGCAGAACCGCAGGAUACAAUGGGUUUGACAGCACGGGCUGAGAGAGAGCAGAUUAGGAACUCUCCCUCAGACAGACUGCAGCAGCAGCAGCUCAGGGAUGGUCCUUGACGGGGGGAGUGAUGCUGUGACAGCGCUGGAGUUGGAUGUACCCCGAUCCCUGGAUCGAUCCCCAACUCCCAACAGCCAGGAGAUCAUCAAGGAUCCAGUCAAGUAUGGAGAGUUCAUCGUGUUAGGUUACAACGGCUCACUGGCCAGUGGAGACCGAGGAAGGUGGAGGAGCAGGCUGGCUCUGUACAAGAGGCCGAACGGAAAUGGAGUCCGUCCAGACGUUGUCCACAUCACCUCCACCCCACUGGCCUCCAAGGCACUGAGUAACGCGGAGCAGCACAGUGUGUCUUACACACUGUCUCGGAGUCAGUCAGUCAUCGUGGAGUACACCCCCGACAGUAACACCGACAUGUUCCAGAUCGGUCGGUCAACAGAGACUCUGAUCGACUUUGUGGUGACGGACGCAGCGCCCGGUAACUACCCAACAGGGGAAGGCCGCGGUCCCCAGAGCACCAUCUCCCGGUUUGCCUGCCGCAUCUGCUGUGAGCGCAGUCCCCCCUACACUGCCCGUAUUUACGCUGCCGGCUUCAAUUCCUCCAAGAAUCUCUUCCUUGGUGAGAGAGCAGCCAAGUGGCGAACUCCGGACGGGCUGAUGGACGGUCUCACCACCAACGGAGUCCUGGUGAUGCACCCCGUGCACGGAUUCUCCGACCACUCCAGCCCUGGCACCUGGCGGGAGAUCUCGGUUUGCGGAAACGUGUACGCCCUGAGGGAGACCCGGUCAGCCCAGCAGAGGGGCAGGCAGGUGGAGAACGAGUCUAACGUGUUACAGGACGGCUCCCUGAUCGAUCUCUGUGGGGCUACCCUGCUGUGGCGCACCCCAGAGGGCCUGGACAAAGCACCCACCCUCAAGCAGCUGGAGGUCCUGAGGCAGGAGAUCAACGCAGCGAGGCCACAGUGCCCAGUGGGCUUCAACACGCUGGCAUUUCCCAGCCUGGAGCAGUGCCACGUGGUGGAGCAGCAGCAGCCCUGGGUCUACCUCAGCUGUGGCCAUGUGCACGGCUACCACAGGUGGGGCAGCCGCCCGGAGGCCAGGGGAUCGACGGCAGGCAGCGAGAGAGAGUGCCCCCUGUGUCGGAGGGUGGGGCCCUACGUGCCCCUGUGGAUGGGCUGCGAGGCAGCCUCCUACCUGGACGUGGGACCCCCCAGCCAUGCCUUCUGCCCAUGCGGCCAUGUCUGUUCAGCCAAGACUGUCAAGUACUGGGCGCACAUCCCUCUGCCCCACGGCACACACGACUUCCAUGCUGCCUGCCCUUUCUGUGGCACGUGGCUGACCGGGGAGAAAGGUUACAUCAAGCUCAUCUACCAGGGCCCUGUGGACUGAGGGGGGGGGGGGCCCCAUCAUACCCACCCACCCCUUCCCCCUCACUGCUACCCCCAACACACCCACCAUCUCUCCCAUCCCUUCCUGCCACCACACUGUGUGGGGAAUCACUAUUUAUGCAAACACAUUGUGACAUUUUUUGUAAAAAAGAAUAAAAAUAUAC